UGACAAAAUGGCAAAGGACGGAGAAAAAGGCGAGUGGAAGGAGUUUAUAUGGAACCCGAGGACGAGGGAGUUUCUGGGCCGGACGGCGAGCAGCUGGGGUCUUAUUCUUCUCUUCUAUGUAAUUUUCUACAUCUUCCUGGCCGGCUUGUUUGCACUCACCAUGUACGUCAUGCUGCAGACCCUGGACGACCACAAACCCACCUGGCAGGACAGGCUCUCCACACCAGGCAUGGUGAUUAGACCCAAAGCAGACGAGACCUUUGAGAUUGUCUAUAACACCCAGAACACCGAGAGCUGGGACAUGUACGCUCAGGCCCUGGACAAGUUCCUGGCACCCUACAACAACUCCGUGCAGGCCCAGAAAAACGACGAGUGCACCCCAGACCAGUAUUUCCUGCAGGAGGACAGCGGCGACGUGAAGAACAACCCGAAGCGCUCCUGUCAGUUCAACCGCACCAUUCUGGAGGAAUGCUCCGGAAUCGCUGACCGUUACUAUGGAUACCAGGAGGGCAAGCCAUGCAUCAUCAUCAAGCUGAAUCGGGUGAUUGGGAUGCUGCCAGGAAAGAAUGGACAGGCUCCGUUUGUCACCUGUGGUGCAAAGAGAUACAAAGUUGGGAAAGAUCAAUGGAGAGAAGACUCUGACAAAAUUGGAGAAUUGGUGUACUUCCCUCCAAAUGGCACUUUCAACCUUAUGUAUUACCCUUACUAUGGCAAAAAAGCUCAGGUGAACUACUCUCAGCCUUUGGUUGCCGUCAAGUUCCUUAACAUUACUGCCAAUCAGGACGUCAACAUCGAGUGCAAGAUCAACGCCAACAACAUUCCCAUCGGAAGUGAAAGAGACAAGUUCGCCGGAAGAGUGUCUUUCAAGCUGAGGAUCAACACUCAUAACUAGGUUGACCUUUUCCUCUCCUCAAAACUACUGUCUUCAUUCUCUGCAACAUUGCACAUACACAGAAACAAAUCUCAGUAUUCACACCCUUUGUAGGAUUUGUUUACAACCCCUCAGAUUUCGGGGGGAAAUUGUUUGUCUAGUCGUGUGAUGAGAUGGGGCAAGAAUAAAAGGGUGGCAAUCCUGUCAUUAUUUCUGUCUGUGGGCUUUGGGACAAAUUCUUUUCUGUAAAUUAGUUUGAGGUGACGUCUAUUUAUACUGCAUGACAAACUAGGGGAUGUAAAGGAUGUGAACAUGUGUUUUCAAAGUUUGCAAGGAUCAGCAACAUUACCACGUUAUUGCUGCUCCCCUCCUGCUGCCUCCUUAUAGAGAAUCCCUCUAUAUAUGAAUAUACACAUGUUACAAUACAAAAGGUGUAUAUCUACAGUAUUUAUACGGCAUCAUAACCUUAUAUCAGUACGUCUAUUUUGUUGCACUUAAAAGAAUAAUCCAACAGACUCGCAUAUAUCUUGAUGGAUGGAUGCAGAGAUGAAGCCAUUUUGCAUGUGUGUAUUGUCUUUAGUGUGCUAUGAGGGCAGGAGGCCCCCGUGUCCCACCUCUCUGCUAAGUGUGAAACAAGGUUAUGUUAAGCCACUGACCACCAGGAGGGACCACUCUGUAAUCUACUACACCUCACGCACUGCUAGUGUGUGUGUGCUUCGGUAACAACGUACAGCAAGAUAGGCAUCUCCAGCAGCAGAGGUCAAAACCGUUAAGAGUGUGUGUGUGUGUGUGUGUGUGUGUGUGUGUGUGUUUGUGUGUGUGUGUGUGUGUGUGUGUGUGUGUUCCAUUCACAGCUCCCAUUUCAUACUGUAGGUCGGGAAGUUGCAUGCAAUGUGCAAUAUUCAUUAAGUGACGUACAUCAUGAAUGCUUGAGUCCAUUCUUCAGAUGAGAGGACUUUACAUUAACUGACAGUUGUUUGGGAUCAUUUGAUAUUCACGCUGGCUGUUUGACCUGAGAGCAGCUCAGAAAAUGAUUCAGACUUGGGAUGCCAAACGCCAAACACCAGGCGACAAUACAUCAGUCAUGUUUCAGACAUCACAACGUGAGCUCCCGGUCUGUCAGCGGCUGAGCAGAAUUUCAGCUUCCAGGCUCCCAAACAACAGUCUGGAUAUGAAAUGAUAACAGCAAAAUGAUCCUCCUGCUGCGCAACAGCGUUACACUGUGUCUAUCAUGUCCUUCCUCAAGUUAAAGCCAGUUUCUUGUGUCUCAAUUUGUAACUUAUUUAAACAUAAAUAUUUAGAGGGGUUUUUUUUGCGUGUGUUGCAUCUAUCUCAUGUGUCAGAAAUAGAUGCUGUUGUCAUAUUUUGUAUUUAUUUGCACUGGAAGUGUGCUUUUUUUGUGAACCUAAGUUGAAUUAAUUACUGUUCAUUUUGGGGGGGAAAAGGAUGUAGAAAGUUUGUGUUUGUUCCCUUUAUUGCAUUCAUACCCAUUCUCAUGCUCUAAAACACUCAUCCGGGACAUCAAAAUGUAUGGUUAACAUAUAAUUUUAAAGGUUACUAGAGUCUUGAAUAUAUCUGAGUUGUUAGUGCAUCAGAGUUUUGUUUUAGAGGCCUGUAGGAAAUGAUCAAAACUGGACGUCUGCUUCCUCGGCCACAUAGAAAAUGACAUUUUUUUCAUUUAAUUAGUUUGUUGUUGUUGUUGUUGUCGUAUUCUCCCCUGAAUCAGACUGAAGGCAAAGUCGUCACAGUAACUUGACAACCAGUUUUAACUACCGCUUGCAUUGUGCAGCACAGACGCUCGACACUGUCAGGAGCACCUGCAGAUAUUGGCUGGAGAAAACACGCAGAGUCACACUUGUAAAACCAGACACAUUAGCUACAGAAUUGUACCAAAGUGACUGCGAUCCUGCCGUGUCAUCACAGCAAAUGUGGAACACGAGCAUCUGUUUGCUCACAUUUAAGGUCUGGCUCGAUUCCGCCACUCAAUGUCUCUCACGGCAAUGUGUUUCUCAGUGUGCUCGCAAAUGUCUCACGCUGGUCUUAAUUGGACCCCAUUAUCCGAUCCAGACGUGACAAAGACAGAAAGACAAUUAGACCUAAUGUGAUUAUCUGAUCUAUAAACGAGGGAUUAUUCAUAAUGAAGGAUGUGCUCCAGCAGUCAUUUGAGGCUUCUUUUUUGCUUUUUUGCUUUUUGACCGUCCACUAACCAGUUCACAUGCAUUUCUCCUCUGGCAUUUCUGCAACAGUUACUUAAUUUCACUGUAAUCUCUUAAUCUGGUCAACUAAUCCAGAGCAGGCAUGCUGAACUUCUUUACCCUACUUUGUCGCUCCUCCUCCUUGUGUCAAACGCCUGAUUCACUGUCAGCGUGCUAAAAAUGGAAAAGCAACCUUCAUUCAUUUCUCAGUUUUCCCCUCAAUGCAUUCAAUCCUGUUUCUCCCAAUCAUUACUGUAUCAAUCAAAGCCCUUCUAAAUCACAACAUAGCUGAACAGAAUGUGUUGCCUCAUCCUUUAAUUGGUCAUUCUGGUUUUAUCCAUGUGCAUGUGAAGAUUAGUUCUUCAACCAAAGAGCUCCAUGGCAGUUUCGGUUUUGUUUCUUUGUGCAGCACUGACACAUCCUCAGCAGCAGAGUAAGGAUCUCAUGCUAAUCACCCUGUGUUAUUAAAAGGCCUACUCUUAUAUAAUGAUAAUACGCACAAAAGGAACAUGUGUCACUACAACAUAACAGUGCCUCCUGGUGGACAGACAGUGUUGCUCCCCCAGUGUCACAGAAUGUUUCUCCUAUUAUCUCCAUUUAUCUGGGUUCUUUCUUUCUUUUUUUUUUGGUUUGUUUUUCUUUCUGUGAUAAUUUGGAGAUGUCCUCAAAAAGCAAUAUAUUGAUUUCUUCCGUGGCUGUAUGAUGUAUUUAUUGGAAAGGCUGUAACAAAAUCUGUGCAAGGUGUGUCAUCAAGAGCAAGGAAGAAGAUGGAAAGAGCGUACAGAUAAUUGCAUUCAGGCAAAUUUGCCAGUGUGCAACACCAUAAUGGAAGAGUAUGAAAAGUAGUGUUUUGUUUAUAAAAGAGUAUUUUUAUUGCUAUUUUGUUGUAAAGAGUAGAGAAUGUAUAAGCUUGGAUUGUAUCAUGUCGUGGGAGCAAUCUGGCAGGUUUUCAACAUUUAACUCAACAAAUGGCGAAAUGUUAACAGCUUGGUCGGAGAAGUUUUUGGUUUUUUUAUGUAGAAACUUUUUUUUUUGUUAUUGUUUGAGUCCUUUCUACUUUCUUAAAUUGAGCUCGUAAAGCUUGCAGCGGAAGUUCUCUGAACACUGGGCUCUGCUGUGUCUGAACCAAGUCAUUCAAAGUAAGUCGGGAGUGUGGUGACUUCAUCUGAAUGAGCAGCUUUCAGAGAACUUUCAAGCUCAAAACGUUCAGAAACUUUGCAGAACUAAACUACAACAGAGGGAGAGUCAGCUUUCAACUGAGGAAUCAUUACCCCCACCGAGCCCCCUCCUCUUUAAUCCUACUAUUGCCUAAGACCAUGGUGAAAGGAUAGGUCAAGAAAGAAAUUCAUGAAAUCUGUUGAGAUACUCUCGCCCAAAGGGAUGAUAAUUCUAUUCUGGAUGAUCUUUAUUUUAUGCUCUUACUGUAUGUAUAUUUUUGCUCAUGUUUACUGCAAACCAAGAUAGAGAAAUAAAUAAAUGUCAUUGAAG